AUGUUGCAAGUUAGGAACGACUACUUCGGUUCGGAUUCGCCGCUUAGCGGUCCUUCUAGCGGCGAAGCAAGCCCCUCCACGUCGGCCAUGCUGAGUCCAGGAUCAAGCUCCGUGGCCACUUCACAGCUCUCGCUGCUCGCACUCAGCUCGGAAAGAAAUUCGCCUUCCACAUCCGCCUGCACGUCGGUCAGCGACCUGUCGUCAGAAGCUGACAAACUCUCUCUCUCGGAUCCAAAAACCGGCCGAACCACCGAAAUCGCUCAUUUCACUCAAGCUAACGUCCGCGCUAGUGCCGUCGAGGAGCCUGAAUCCACCACUGAAGACAGCGAGGCAGCAGCUGUAGAGGCAGAGAAUCGCCGAGUUGAGGAGGAGCUCGACUCUGCCCUGGCGUUCGGGACCCAAAUCGUGCAGCGGGAAGCUCGCGCGCUGGCCAUGGCAGCCAGGCGUCUCUCGAAGCAUUCUGUGCAGCAGGACGGUUUCCGUCAAGCUGUUCGUCUCGUGAUGCGUGCUACUACUGGAGAGCGAGGCGGCAAAGUCGUAUUGACCGGUGUCGGGAAGAGUGGUAUCAUCGCUAAGAAGCUUUCGGCCACUUUCCUCUCGCUGGGUACACCCUCCAUGUUUCUCCACCCUACGGAAGCAUUGCAUGGCGAUCUUGGACUACUGACGCCACACCGCGAUGUGGUCAUUGCUCUCUCUCAUUCAGGCUCAUCACCAGAGAUCUUGACGUUGGUACCGCACCUCAACGCUCGCAGAUGUCCCAUUAUCGCAUUGGUUGGCAAACGCGACAGCGCGCUCGUCAAAGCAUCGGACGCUUGGAUCGACUGCGCAACCGGCAAGGACGACCUUGAUACAGAAGACGAAGAGGAUGCAGAGCAGGCGGUGGCGUCAGACCGCAGCGGCAACGUGGAAGUUGGAAGCAAUUCUGCUGACGGUCAGCUCGCCCGUCGAAGCGCGAGCGAGCCUGCCGCUCGUGCCGCUGCUCAUCAGUCGCAAUUUAUGCCCGAGGCUCGCCGAGGUACUGUACCUCAGUGUGACUCAUGCGAUUGCGGCAAGCAGAUGUCCAGAUUAAAGGCAAGACGGAACAAGGCACCGCAACCCAACACCGACGAAGCAUGGGACGACGUUCCUGCGCCCAGCAGCAGUACUACAGUCGCUUUGGCGAUGGGCGAUGCGCUCGCCUUCUCAGUCACGCGUGCUAAAGGCUUGGGCAGAGAUAUGUUUGCUUUUAAUCACCCAGGGGGCAAGCUCGGCGCUGAUUUCCGCCUACAGGGUCAGUCAGCGCCUUUGCAGAGCUACGACCCGAAAGGUACCGAGAGUGCAGUUGCUACCCCGAUCGCAGCCUGA